AUGCUUCCAAAAAAAACCACCAACGCCACCAAUGCUGGAGGUCUUUGCCCUCCACCUUCCACCCCCGAGGAGGUCGGUGGGUUGCACACACCAAGCCUAGGCCUCGCUCUCCCACACACCUGCCGGCCUGCCCCGAGCGUAGGCGCAGGCACCUCGUCGGGGGUCAUCUCCUGUGAGGGUCGCGCUGGAUUAGGAUGGGAGAAGCCGGCCGGGCCGGGUCCCCAAGGCUCCUCGCCGACCCAGGCCAGGCGUCAGGCAGCCGUCCUGGCCUCCGUGCGGCUCCCGCGGACUCAGCCCUCCGACCUUGUUCCCGUGCCUGCCCGCGAGGGGCACCCGGCUGAACCGCUGGGCCUGGACUUCCCGCGCAGGCGCAGCCCGGCUCCGCUAGCCCCAAGGCGGACUGCCUCGUUUGGAAAGUCUGAGCGCGCCAAGGGCAAGUCGUCAGAGAUGCUGGUGCGGUUCGGAAGGCGCUGCGGACGAGCGAAGGAAGACACAGAAAUAAAGAAUGAUGAAGAAGAUGAAGUCCUAUAUCCACCUCUUCUACCUAGCAAGGUUGAUCUCCGGCAGGUUACCAUAAUUCCACACAAUGAGUGGAAAAGGAUUCAAGAUAGCCUUGACAGUUUGACAAGAGAAGCAGCACGCCUUCGUGCAGAAAGAAAGGCAAAGAAAGAAAUGCAUUUCCGAUCCCAAGAAGUGGUAAAACACUGGACUAAUACAUACGCAGGGAUGAGAGAACAGAAACUUGAAGCCAAAAAGGAGCGUGAUGCAGAAAUAGAGGCAGAAAGACAAAAUCUUGAUGUGGAGGAAGCAAUAUACAAACAAGGAGAAAGGAAAAAGGCUAUUGAAUAUGCAAAGCAAUAUCAAUUUUACCAGACAGAAAGAGUGAAACAUUUUCAUUCAGGACUUCUUCUUAGUAGAGUUAUGAAAGAACGUGAUGCACAGAUUGAAUCCCAAAAGAAUAAAAUAAAAUCAGAUAAAAAAUGGGAAGAACAAUUAAAACUCAACAUUGAAAAAGCUUUUAAAGAAGAACAAGAAAAAGCAGAAAAACGACGCAGAGAUAGAGUGGCUCUUGCCAAUGACCAUUUAAAACAAAUAAAGGAACAUGAAGAAGAAGAAGAAAGAAGGAGAAAACAUAAAGAAAAGGAUGCAGAGGAAAUAAGGCGACAAAAUUCAUUAUAUGAAGAAGAAAUGAGGAAAGAACUGGAAAAGAAAAAACAAGAGAUAAAUGAAAGCAGAAGGCUGUUUUUUGUGAGUUUAAAAUACAUAUCUCUUCAAAAAUGUAUAAUGCUAAUGGAAGAAAGGAGACAAAGAAUAAAUAACUUCCUGAGUGAACUAAUGAAAGAGAAACUUGACAAUGAAGAUUUGAUUAUUGCUAGAGAUAUUGCAGAAGCUGAGGCUGAAUGGGAAAAAAAAGAAAGAGAAAAAUAUGAAAAAAACAAAGCAGAAUUAAAAGCGAUUGCAGAAUAUAGAGCUGUUGUGAUGAAAAAUAAAGAGGAAGAAGAAAGACAGAGAAAACUAGAGUCUAAAGAACAAUUGCUGGCUAUCAUGAAAGCAGAUCAGAUUUUCCAGGAGCAUGAAAAGGAGAAAAAACGCAAAGCUGAUAAAGAACGUCAAGAAGUUCGAGAUGCUCAGAUUCAGCAAAUGGUCAGAAAUAAAUUUAAUGCAAAGCAAGAAAAACAAGCAGAAUUAGAGUACUGCAGACUUACCGAAGACCUCAUAGCUGAAAAGGAGAAGGAAUUUCAGGAUUAUGCCAGAGAAGUAAUUGAACUUGAGUCUGAAUCAACAAAUAAAUACAUUUAUCCUCUUGUAAAAGCUGUACAGGAGGGACAUGGAGGUGGCCGUGGACCAGUUUUUGUGGAGAGAGGUAGAUUAAGGCCCAGUUAUCAGGUAAAUGAUGUCACUGGAGUCCAGCUCCCUUUUUAUAACUCUCAGGGAUCAAAACAUAAUUUACAAAAGUCUAAGGGAAGUCUAGGUUUUACAUGGCCGAAAAAAGUUUAAGAUUGAGAAGAUUAAGGUGUAGCUAAUAUUAUGAGCUACAAAUAAAUUUUGUUUAUAUUUGUUAAUAAAGCUGCUCUUCAUCUAAGUGUAA